AUGGAUUUUGUUGUGUCCUUUACUCCCAGUAAGGAUGGUUGUAACGCCAUCAUGGUCAUCGUGUUUCGAUUGACCAAGCGUGUAAAGUUCAUUGCAACGCAGACGACAGACAGCGCAGAAUAUACUGCGAAUGUUUUCAUGAAGAACUAUAUGAAAGAUCAUGAUCUUUCGAAGACGAUUGUGACUCCAAAUUUACGUCCAAGUUUUGGUAGACUGUUGUAUCUGCUAUGGGAACGCAGCAUACCCUGUCAUCGGCGUUUAGACCACAAACGGAUGGACAAACGGAACGUACAAACCGUUUUAUCGAAGAUUAUCUUUGAGGAGUCGUUAAUCUAG